CUCAGCUGACCUAAACACUUCCCUUCGCACCCUUCACUACUUCAUCACCCAUCUCUUCCUUCCCCGCAACCAUGGCCACCAUAUUGUCACCAAAAUUGACCUAUGGAUUCUGUCCAAUGCUCUCACUGGUCGAAAAAUUGAUUACACCCAACUGCUGUUUGGUUCACUGGUUCGAAGUGCUGAUGCUCACGUUGGUGGGCGCCUUCCAUAUGGAGGAUUCAUUACUCUACUUAUAUCCAAUCUUGGCAUCUCCCUCGAUGGAUACUCCACUAUCGAAACAUCCGUUUCCAUCUCUGCCAUUACUGCUCUUAAGUUUAUAGGUUUAAAUCCUCGGCACUCGAAAGGGGGAGAUACUGCAGCUAGGAAAACCAAGCCAACCAGACCCCUCUAAAAGUCCAUGACCAAACUCCUGAAACUUGGAGAAUCCUCCUCCUCUGUGUGUAAAAACCUCAUCAUAUCGUUUGAAGAAGAAGAGGCAGAACCAGCUCCUGAGUCUAUCUCUGAGAAAGACAUCAGACUGUUUGCUGAGGAUCUCGAAAGAGAUCUAAUGGAAGGAGAAGCUGGAAAUCAUGAAGAUAAUGAGAUGAAAGAAUUAGCUGAAACUCAGGGGGAGAUACAGAGCAAUAACGAGACUCAGAAUGCUGAAGAAUGAAAUCUAAGGAAAUGUUGGGAAAGCAUCAUUGUCUGAAACAAAUCUUAGAAAAAUACAAGGAACUAUAACCCUCUAAGUUUGAAGUAUCUUUGUGCGUGUGUUUUCUGACCAUAAUGGUCUUAAGUUGCUAUGUUUAAUGAAAAGACCAUAAUGGU